AUGGAGAAGCAGACUUCUAAAUUGGUGAAUAAGGCAAAACCUCAUAUUAAGGCUUUAUUAGGAAAGGAUUCGCGCAAUAAUAAGGAAUCCGGCAACAUAUUUGAGAAGAAAUUGGACUUCAUUUAUUUCCGGGACAACGAUUCCAAUCAUAGAAAAAUUAUAACUUUGUUGAAUGGCUUAAGCAAAGAUACAGCGUUAAACGCGUUGGUCCUGAAGUUCAAUGGCAUGGUAUUGGCGAGGCAGAGCGUUCGCGAUGACAGCUCAACUGACAAAGUGUUGUACAUCAAAGAGAUCGUUGAAUCACUUCCCGUUAAGUUGGAAAAGACAAUCAAAAUAUUUAUAUUUGAUAUCUUUUCCAAAGCCAAAGAGUCGUGGCGUGAUUUCUCAAAAUUUAUGACACGAUUCGAGGAAGUAUUCAGUAAAAUUCUUGCAAAGCAUGCCGUUAAUCACCACCUCGGUCAAAUAUGUGAAAAGGUGUACCAAGAACUGAAAGCUUUGCUUGGUGCUAAUGGCUGCCCAGAUAUUCACGUUUUUGGCAUAGGCCAAACCAGCGAAUUAUAUUUAUGUCCCGUUUAUUGA